AUGGGCUUAGAGUUGUUAGAGAAAGGCUUAGACUAUGCAAAGAAGAAGAGAAAGUGGGCAUUUGUUGUGGGACUCACGUGCUACGGCGUGCACAAGCUCUACAACUUCCCCUGUGUUGUUAAGAGGAGGCAAAGCUUGUCCAAAUUCUUGGCUGCCUUCACUUCAGUAGCUGAAAUGGUCUCCGAUUCCGCCGACGCACUCGGGAUUCUUUCCAAAGAUCUCAAGCAGUUUCUGGCCUCGGAUUCCGAUCAAAUUCCUCAGAGUCUGAAGCAGCUCUCCAAAAUAGCCAACUCCAAUGAAUUCUCCGACACAUUAACUACCAUCACGCGGGCUUCAGCUGUCGGAAUCUUGAGCGGCUAUCACCACGACUCGGCUAAAGGCGGUGAUCACGGCUUCUCCGACAGGGUCAUGGACAAGCUAUUCUCCGAUGCAGGCGCCGGAUUCGCGUCUGCAGUGGUGGGAAGCUUUGCCAGAAACACGGUGAUGGCAUUGUUCUUGGAGUGGCAAUCCAAUGCAGAUGCAGCCAAAGGCUCCGUUCCGUGGUGGAUCGAGCUAGUGUGCGAGGAAAACUGCAGAGCGCUGGUCGGGGAUAUGAUCCGAGUGUUUGUGAGCACUGCCGUGACUGCGUAUCUGGAGAAGACGAUGAACGUGAACGCGUACGAGGAGUUCUUCGCGGGCUUGACUAACCCUAAGCACCAAGGCAGAGUGAGAGAGCUGCUAGUGUGUGUGUGCAAUAAUGCAGUAGAUACCUGUGUCCGGACAUCUUACCAUGCGUGGAGAUCAAACUCUGCUGCUGUCUCCAAGCCGCAUUUGGGCGGAGACGAGAAAGGCGGCGUGAGGGCGUGGCAGCUGAUCAGGAGGAACCAAGAGAGUGGAUGGAUGCGGGCAAUGCGCGUGCCAGCCAAUAGGAAACUUGUCCUGGAUGCGACCGGGGUGGCCACCUUCGAGGGGGUGAGGUCGUUUCUCGAGGUCGUGCUGGAGAAGGUGGAGGAGAGCGUCAAGAUGAGCGUCGACGUUGUUCAGCAGGAGGUGGUGGAGAAGGGAGUGGAAGCGGUGAGGUAUGCCAGUGGGAGAUCUUCUGCAUUCACUGCUCUGUGUCUUACUUUGUGCUUCAACAUCUUGAACAGCCCUUGGAUUUUUACGCCCUAUACAUGA